AUUUUUACCCAACUCUUGAAGCGCAAUUGUUCUAGUGCAUUCUUACAGCAACGACACACCCUUCUACCUUCUUCUCAACCCAACUCAAAGAAAACAAUGGCCAGAAAGUUCUUCGUCGGCGGCAACUGGAAAUGCAAUGGAACCGUGGAGGAAGUGAAAAAAAUUGUGACCACAUUGAGUGAAGCGGAAGUUCCAUCUGAGGAUGUUGUUGAGGUUGUCAUUAGUCCUCCAUUUGUAUUUCUUCCCUUGGUCAAAACCUUAUUGCGUCGUGAUUUCUCCAUUGCUGCACAAAACUGUUGGGUAAGGAAAGGAGGUGCGUUUACUGGCGAGGUUAGUGCUGAGAUGCUGGUCAAUUUGGGCAUUCCCUGGGUCAUCCUUGGUCACUCUGAGAGAAGGCUUUUAUUGAAUGAAUCAAAUGACUUCGUGGCUGAUAAAGUUGCAUAUGCACUUUCGCAAGGCCUAAAAGUGAUUGCCUGUGUUGGGGAGACUCUUGAGCAGCGAGAAUCUGGAUCUACAAUGGCUGUAGUUGCAGCGCAAACAAAAGCAAUUGCAGAACAAGUCAUGCACUGGUCCAAUGUUGUUUUGGCUUAUGAACCAGUAUGGGCCAUUGGAACAGGAAAGGUUGCUACUCCAGCUCAAGCUCAAGAAGUUCAUUUUAAGUUAAGGAAAUGGCUUCAUGUGAAUGUUGGUGCAGAAGUUGCGGCUUCAACUAGAAUCAUCUAUGGUGGCUCUGUGAAUGGAGCUAACUGCAAAGAGUUGGCAGCACAACCUGAUGUAGAUGGUUUUUUGGUUGGUGGUGCUUCACUAAAGCCUGAAUUUAUUGAUAUCAUCAAGUCCGCGACUGUGAAAACAACUGCUAAGUCGGAGUAAGUGUUGCUACAAGGAGCCUUCUUUUCUCAGAAUCCCUUGUAUGUUUAUUGUAAAUCAGCUUCAAUAAUACAUGUUAGGCACAAGGAUUUUAUUUAAAAUAAAGAAGGUGAUCUUUGCA